CGCACGUCCAACUCCACGCACCACAGCACCCAACCCUACGAUCCCUCUCUCGGAAUGGAUGCCACAACGGCCAAGCAGCUCAGGCGGCUCCGCACGCUCGGCCGCGGCGCGUCCGGCGCCGUCGUCUGGCUCGCCUCCGACGACGCCUCCGGCGAGCUUCUCGCGGUCAAGUCGGCCGGCGCCGGCGCGGCCGAGACGCUGCGGUGCGAGGGCCGCGUCAUGGCCGGGCUCUGCUCCCCGCACAUCGUCCCGUGCCUCGGCUCCCGCGCCGCACCCGGCGGCGAGUACCAGCUCUUCCUCGAGUUCGCGCCGCGCGGCUCGCUCGCCGACGAGGCUGCCAGGAGCGGCGGGAGCCUCGCGGAGCGCGCCAUCCAGGGGUACGCGGGGGACGUGGCCAGGGGGCUUGCCUACCUCCACGGGAACUCGCUGGUGCACGGGGACGUCAAGGCUAGGAACGUCAUGCUCGGCGGCGACGGCCGAGCCAAGCUCGCGGACUUCGGAUGCGCGAGGGCGGCGGAUUCCGACCGGACGAUCGGCGGCACUCCGGCGUUCAUGGCGCCGGAGGUGGCGCGCGGGGAGGAGCAGGGCCUGGCGGCCGACGUGUGGGCGCUCGGCUGCACCGUCAUCGAGAUGGCCACCGGCCGCGCCCCGUGGGGCGACAUGGACGACGUCUUCGCGGCGGUCCACCGGAUCGGAUACACGGACGCCGUGCCCGAGCUGCCAGCGUCGCUGUCGCCGCAGGCCAAGGACUUCCUGUGCAAGUGCUUGGCAAGAAACCCCCGCCACCGGUCCACCGCCGCGCAGCUCCUAGAGCACCCGUUCCUCGCGUCCGCCUUCCGCGACGUCGACGCGGAACCGGCGAAGCAGGAUUGGAUGUCCCCCAAGAGCACACUCAACGCGGAAUUCUGGGAGUCGGACGAGGAAAGCGAAACAGAGGACAUGCUGACGAGCGCGGCCGAGAGGAUCGCCUCGUUGGCGAGCCCUUGCUCGGCCUUGCCAGACUGGGAGUCCGACGAUGGCUGGAUCGACGUGCACGGCGAACGCCCUGAAGCUUCAGAAACAACGUCGGCCACGGCGAUCGCCGGCACAGAUUUCGGUCCUUGGAGCCGUGAAGAAGGAUUGGAAGCCGAGCUUGGUGUCCGUUUCGCUGAUGCGGAUGCCGGUAGGUGGUACGACCUUGUGCGGAAUGUGGAUGGAGCGCAUUAUUUCGGUUGGUACGAGAGAGAUUUUAGUGUCAGUGUCGCUACUGAUAGACCAUUGUGCCUCAUUGUUAGUCACAGACGCAAAAUUGUAAAAUUCGGUUGUCAUUGCGACAGAGAAAGAACAAUACAUUCUGAUUUUGCACAAAUAUUUCGUUGUCUUGAGCUUCCGUCGAUGCUAAUUUCAAAAAACACAUAA